AUGGAGAUAGAGAAGAGGACGAAUGGGUUCGACUACCCGGAAAGAAGCAACGCCAAGCCGGUGAACGGCUUUUUUGGAGACCACUCUCUCGAGCCAGAAAACAGUGACAGCGUGGAUGAUGCAGCUGAGCAACGUACUUGCCUUAUCUGUGGAGAUAGAGCCACAGGCCUGCACUAUGGCAUCAUCUCCUGUGAAGGCUGCAAGGGUUUCUUCAAGCGCAGCAUUUGCAACAAGCGCGUGUACCGAUGCAGCAGGGACAAGAACUGCGAGAUGUCACGCAAGCAACGCAACCGCUGCCAGUACUGCCGCCUACUCAAGUGUCUACAAAUGGGGAUGAAUCGCAAAGCAAUCAGAGAGGAUGGCAUGCCAGGGGGGAGGAACAAAAGCAUCGGACCAGUUCAGAUCACAGAAGAGGAGAUUGAGCGCAUCAUGUCAGGGCAAGAAUUCAAGGAAGAAGCUCCGUGGGGCAACAACGGCGACAGCGACCACAGCUCUCCAAGCAAUGGUGCUUCAGAGGGUAACCAGCCAUCACCUGCCUCCACGCUGUCAUCCAAUCGCUCCGUAGAGAUGAACGGCUAUACAGCAGCCCUCAGAGACCAAUACAUCAACACCUCCAUGUCAACACACUACCAGCUACUUCCGCACCUCUUCAGUUAUGCUGCCCAGUCUGGCCUGCUAGCACCGCAGCCCCGCAGCCUUUACCCACAGUCCCAUCCACUAGUGCUGCAGCUGGUGGCAGCAGAAGACCUGGCACCCCUGGCUACCCCGAUGCUCAUAGAGGAUGGCUACAAGGUAACACAGGUGGAGCUGUUUGCCUUGCUGUGUCGCCUGGCAGAUGAGCUACUCUUCCGCCAGAUCUCAUGGAUAAAGAAGUUGCCUUUCUUUUGUGAGCUCUCCAUCGAGGACUACACCUGCCUCCUCAGCUCCACCUGGCAGGAGCUCAUCCUGCUCUCCUGUCUCACAAUCUACAGCGCACAGAUCUUUGGCAACCUGGCCAAUGUCACGGCCAAGUACACACCUUCUGAUGACGAGCUGCAGGGUUUUGGUGAGGAUGGCAUGGAGGUAAUGGAGAGGCUGAUAUAUCUCUUUCGCAAAUUCCACCAGUUGAAGAUCAGCAAUGAAGAAUAUGCCUGUAUGAAAGCAAUCAACUUCCUAAACCAAGAUAUAAGAGGACUGUCAAACGUCUCUCAGCUUGAGCAGCUGAACAAGCGCUACUGGUACGUGUGUCAAGACUAUACUGAGUAUAAGUAUCCGCACCAGCCCAAACGCUUCCCUGAGAUCAUGAUGUGUCUGCCGGAGAUCCGCUGUAUAGCAGGGAAGCUGGUCAAUGUCCCUCUGGAGCAGCUCCCUCUCUUGUUCAAAGCAGUCUUGCACUCCUGCAAAUCCAGUUUGACCAGCUACAGGACCGCCCCGUCACCCUGUGUGACCACCUCCUCUGGAAAUUAG